CAAGAUCCACCAUCUUGUGUGAUCCUCUUUCCAGUUACAUUGUCUUGUGUGCCUUUGAGAACUAGAUGAAGUUCAAUAUGAGGAAAUUCUCCACUAUUGGACUCCUUUUAGUUGUUUUGCUUUUCAAUGAAACAACAUUGUCCUGUUUGUGUAAUGCUUCAACCAUUGGUCGCAUAGAAGAAGAGAGACAAGCUCUUCUAAACUUCAAAGAUAGUUUCACAGACCAUACAGGUCGACUAUCAUCAUGGCAUAGCAAAGAUUGUUGCAGUUGGAAAGGAGUACAAUGUGAUGAAAUUACUGGCCACGUUGUUGGGCUUGAUCUCGGUGUAAACUUCUACGCACCCGGGUACAACUCUUCUAUUCCGUUAGUGGCUAAUGAAGUGCACUCUUGUUUGCUUCAAUUGAAAUAUCUGAAUCACUUGGACUUGGCCGGAAACGUUUUUAACAAUAGCCCAAUCCCAAAGUUCUUUGGAUCGGUGGCACGACUAAGGUAUCUCAAUCUGUCUGGUGCAGCGUUCAGAGGAUAGCUCCCCAUCAUCUCGGAAGUCUUUCUAGCUUGCGUGUUCUUGAUCUUAAUUUUAAUUCUGAAGUAACUAUUGACGAUUUCACAUGGGUUUCUCGUCUUUCAUCACUGCAAUACCUCGACUUGAGUCACAUGAAGCUUAUUCAGACGCAAAAUUUACACAAGGUUUGCUUGGGCUUAAUUUAUCGCAUAAUAAUUUGACAGGAAGCAUCCCUAAGAAGAUCGGUGGCUUAAAGUCAUUGGAAUCUCUUGAUUUCCAUAACAAUCAACUUUCAGGCACAAUUCCAGAGAGCAUGUCAAAUUUGAGUUUUAUGAGCCACUUGAACUUAUCAUACAAUAGCUUGUCAGGACAUAUUCCAGCGGGUAAUCAGCUCCAAACUCUUGAUGACCCUUCUAUUUAUGUCGGCAAUAGUGAACUUUGUGGAGCUUUUGUACCAAAGAAAUGCUCUGGUGACGAACAUUCUCAACCUCCUCCAACAUCCACAAGUCAUGAAGAAACAUAUGAAGGAGACAAGUCUGAAAAGGUAUGGUUUUACUUGGUCAUAAUGAGUGGCUAUGCCACAGGGUUAUAGGGAGUUAUUGAGGUUUUGUUGUUCAAGAAGAACUGGAGACAUGCUUAUUUUUGAUUCGUUAACAUGACUAAAGAGAAUGUACUAGUAGCUAUAGCAGUGAGAGUGGCUCAAUUUAAUAAGUAGAAUGGCAAGUGAUAUCACAAUGAUUUUCUUUUUUCCCUUGUGUGUCUUUAUAGUAUUUGUGUGGAUGGAUGGAUGGAUAGAUGAGUGGGUGGGUGGGUGGUUGUAGUUGUUUAAGUGCACUUUUUUCUAUUUUUUCCCCAGAAAGUUAAUAAAUUUCCAUGGUACUAUAUGUAGUCUUAAAGAUUAUUUUGUUGUUGGAUUGACUCUAAAUAGUUGUUUUAAUCUAUAUAUGUGAAACUUGAUUACUUCAUUAUUUUAUGUUCUAGAGUUUUAUGAUUUAUUCAUUGUAUGUCGCGAUGAAUUUAGAAACCAUGUAGUUCGACACA